AUGGGAGGCUGUGUAUCACUACAGUUAUCAUGUGAUCACGCGCUGAAUCAAGCCUGCUGCUGCUUGUUUGGUGAUGGAAAUUACAUUCACAUGAUGGAGGCUAAUCUCGAGGCUCUGCAAGAAACUAUGCUAGAACUUGAAGAAAGGCGAGAUGAUAUGUUAAGAAGAGUUUCCAUAGAAGAAGACAAAGGUUUGCAGAGGCUUGCUCAAGUCCAAGGAUGGUUUUCAAGGGUACAUGAUAUGGAGUCUCAGGUGAAAGAUCUGCUUAAGGCUAAAUCAUCUCAGACUAGAAGAUUGUGUCUGUUUGGAUAUUGUUCUAAGAAGUGCAUGUCAAGCUGCGAGUAUGGCAUGGAGGUAUCAGAAAAUUUGGAAGAUGUUACAGAGCUUCUAUCUAACGGAGUCUUUGAAGAUGGUGUGGCGGAAAAAGCUCCUGUACCAAAAGUGAGGAAGAAACCUAUCCAAACCACAGUUGGUUUGGAUAUCAUGGUUGAUAAAGCAUGGAACAGCCUCAUGAACGCUGAGCGAAGAACUUUAGGUCUUUAUGGCAUGGGGGGAGUUGGCAAAACCACCCUCUUAGCUCGUAUCAACAACAAAUUCGUUGAAGCGGAGAAUGCAUUUGAUAUUGUGAUAUGGGUUGUAGACUCCAAAGAUUUACAAAUUGAAAGCAUUCAGAAUCAGAUUCUGGGAAGAUUACACGAUAUAUGGAGCGAGGUUGAUCUGAACAAGAUUGGAGUUCCACCUCCAACUCAAGAUAAUGGAUCCAAGAUAGUUUUCACCACUCGUUCAAAGGAAGUUUGCAAAGCCAUGAAAGCUGACGAUGAGCUGAAAGUUGAUUGUUUGUCACCUAAGGAUGCGUGGGGACUGUUUCGAAUUACAGUUGCAGAAACAACAUUAAAUUGCCAUGAGGAUAUUCCCAUGUUAGCAAGAGAAGUUGCUGAGAAAUGUUGUGGCUUGCCACUUGCACUCACUGUUAUUGGCAAAGCCAUGGCCUGUAACGAGGAUGUACGUGAUUGGCGUCAUGCCGUUAAAGUUAUCAAUACGUCUAGCCACAAGUUUCCAGGUAUGGAAGAAAAGAUUCUUUCCACUUUGAAGUUUAGUUAUGAUGGCUUAAAGGAUCAAAGUGUCAAAGAGUGCUUCCUAUAUUGUUCUUUGUUCCCGGAGGAUCAUGAGAUCAACAAGGAGGAGUUGAUAGACUAUUGGAUCUCCGAAGGAUUAAUAAAUGGAAGCAGAGAUGAAGAUGGAAUUGGUCUCAAGGGGUUGAGGAAGCUAAUAAGCUUGGACCUGGAGUAUACAUCUAAACUUGCAAGCAUUGCUGGGAUAGGAACAAGCUUACCAUUUCUUCAAGUGUUGAAACUUUAUCGUUCUCUUCUUUGUAUUGAUGCAAGAUUCAUGGAAGAGCUGCAGCUCUUACAGCACUUAAAGAUUCUAACCGCAACCGUAAAAGAUGCUUUGGUUUUAGAAAGUAUCCAAGGAGUGGAGCGAUUGGCGGGUAGUAUUCGAAGUUUAUGUCUACGGUAUAUGUCACCCGAGGUUGUGACAUUCAACACGGUAGCUCUGUGUGGUCUUCAACGCCUUUCUAUGGAGGACUGCAAAAUCUCAGAGAUAAAGAUAGAUUGGGAAAGCAAAGAAAAAGAAGAGCUUCUAUCUAAAACUUCUCCAGGCUUCAAGCAUCUUUCCUCUGUUGAAAUAUUCUCUUUGGAACGUCCAAGGGACUUGACUUGGCUGUUGUACGCUCCAAAUCUAAGGGAUCUACGUGUGUUUAAUUCAAAAAGCAUAGAAGAAAUAAUAAAUAGGGAGAAAGGAAUGAGUAUUAGCAAUGUCCAUCCACAUCUUUCUGUUCCAUUUGGGAAGCUACAACGCCUUGAACUACAUAGUGUGUAUGGACUACAGAGAAUUUGCUCUAGUCUUAAGUUUCUUCCGAACCUGAGAGAAUUUGAUGUCAAGCGCUGCCCGAACCUGCACGUUGAUGCCACUGGUGUUUCGAGACAUGAAAAGAAAUAA